AUGCAGGCUGAUAAAGGAGUCCGAUGCCCUUUCUGCCGUCAGAUUGUUGAAAGCUAUUCCAGCACGUUACCUCCAGCUAAAUCCGUCAAGCCACAAGAUGAUUAUUUGCGAGAAGAAAGGCAAUCGUUUCAGUUACUAAUUGGAGCUGGGAACGCCAAAGGGUUUCCCAAAGAAAUCGUUCGUUAUGGGCGGAGCGGAGUUGUCUCAAUUGGGGGGUUGAAUGAGUAUGUUCCUCCUCCCAGCGUCACUGGUGCUGAUGGGAGUGGAUUGCGGUUGAACACGCGACCGGAUGACCUGAAAGAAGGUUACAUUGUUCCUCCUCUGAAGCCUUACGAUGACUUCGUCGCCAUGGCUUAUGAUCGCACAGGGUCAAGGCACCUGGCCUACCACUUGCGUCCAGGAAACCCCAGAAGGUCUAGGGUGGGAAAACAAGCUCUUGAAAGUCUCGCUCCUUAUGCGGCAAAGCUCUCAACACAUUUGUCAGGAAACUAUGUCCUGCAAAAGCUUUUUGACUAUGCAAGUAAUGCGAGGAAUGAGGUGGUUCAUGGGGAGUGUGGCUUCACCUCCAUUGUGCGCUUUUUGACCCGUGACAAGGGGCUGGUGACUUCUUCAAAAGAUCAGCGGGGUACCUUUACAAUUCAGAAAAUGCUUGUGUGCCUCUAUGGACCUCAAGAAAUGAAGUUGGUUAUGGAAAGCAUCAAAGGAAGCAUUCUUUCAAUGGUGAUGGACCAGUAUGCAGUCUAUGUUAUUGAAAGAAUUGCUGAAAUAUGUAUUUGCUCCUUACGCCCGCCUAUGGGAAUGAAAGCACGUAUUCCACCGUCCUUAGCAUUCACUUCCUUAGCACAAAUCUGCGCGGAGCUUGGUAAAGAUCAAGGAACGUCAGUUUAUGUUGGACAGCAUGGGCUGGCGUCGCUGCUUCUGAUUGAGAGUAUUCGCUGGUCACUGCCUUCAAGGCACGCAAUAGCUGCUGCUCUGAAUAUGGCGAGUGGUGGAAAUAAGCUCUUGAAGACCCGCGCUGGAGUUCGCUCCAUGCAAGGUCUUUUAAGCUUGGAUCUGGUGGAGGUAGCCGAGACUAUGCUGGGGUCGAUGUCUGGCUGCUUUUCAGACAUGGCUUGUGAUACCUCCCCGCUGCAGAGUGGGCGGCUGCUUCGAGCGUGUCUCGCAACACCAUCUUUAUCAUCAGCGUCACGGGCAACAAUUGUUGAUGAACUUCUCCAGGCAGCUGCACAUGUUUCAUAUUUUGCCAAGUCUGAGCAAGCCCUGGAAAUUUUGUGUUUUGGCCUGAGUAUCCUUCCAGACGACAUGUUGAAUGUGAGGGUCGACCGAGUGUCACACCUGCUAAGUUCACAAGCAUUUCAUCAUCUUCUGACGACCCUUGAGUACAUGAGAAAGACCUACUACACAGAGUCAACUGAACCUCUUGUUCAUUCUGAGAGGGCUAUUCAGGCCCCGGAGGUCACCACGGGCAUUGCCGUUUCUCUUGAAUCAGAAGCUUUCCCCAAGCUCUCCAAGCCGAAGCCUGAAAUUCCUUCCGAUCAGUUGGCUCAACAAAACUUUCGAAUGCGCAGUCAGAAUCAAGUGCAGGUGAAACAGAUGAUGAUAGUUAUGGCUGCUGUAUGGUCUGCAAGUCUCAGCCUGCCACUGUGCUUCUUCUGGAGUGUUCUCAUGUGUGUUCAUGUGCCAAGUGCUCUCCAUCCUUGGCUCUUUGCCCCGUUUGCAAGAAUCCACGUUGAUCCGACAAUGUACUACCCUUAUAGACAAGAUGCCUCUGUCAAGGAGCAGUCGAUGCUUAACACAUCAACACCGGCCGUGCUUGAUUCGGGGAACUCAAGUCGCCAGUUCGCAUCAUCGUUUGCAGCGCCACAGACACAAGCAGCAAAUCCAGGAGCGUUCCAUCACGGAGGUAACUUGCAAUCGUUGCACAAUGUUCAAGCGACGGGGUACAGCAUACAGAGUAUGCAGAACGCACUCACGAGAGGCACGGGAAUGGGCGGAGUGCCCUCCGUGCAGGCGCAACCUCCUUCCGCAGGCAACAUGGCAGCAGGCCGGUUCGGCACCAGCGCGCUCCCUACCAACUUGCAGCAGCAGCAGCAGCAGAUCCCAGGUCUGCACGCGCACACAGGUGCGGUGACCAACCGUGGAAGCGGAGGAGAGGGCAAACGGGACGGGUCGAAAGGGGAGGGCGAGCAGGGGGAGGAGUCGAGGCAGGGAGGGCAGGAUCAGGAGCAAUUGGGCGGGAGAGGCGAGCAGCGAGAGGGCGACGGGGCUGCGUUUGACAUGAGCGAAUUUCCCACGCUCAACACGAGGCCGCCUGGGAGUGGGGCCAUGGCGUCAGGUGCAGGGUCAGCAGCAGCAGCAGUGCUAAGGAAAGGGGCUCCACUAAACGCGCUGCUACACCAAGGAGGGCCGGAGUUCAGCAUACAAAACGAGGACUUUCCUGCCCUGCCCGGCCUCAAAGCGGGAGCGGACAACGGAGGGGACAAAGACAAUUUGACGACGCUGGCGCUGGGGACUGAUCUGACGACUCUCGGGCUGAAUUUGAACUCGCGGGAGAAUCUGUACCGCACGUUUGCAUCGCCGUGGGCGGAUGGGCCGACGAGAGCUGAGCCGGAGUUCAGCCUGCCGGCUUGCUACAUCCAACCCACACCUCGCUUGCAGCCGGGUUACUUCUCCAAGUUCCAGCAGGACACGCUCUUCUAUAUAUUUUACAGCAUGCCGCAUGACGAGGCGCAGCUGUUCUCUGCUGAUGAACUGUGCAACCGCGGGUGGUUCUACCACAAGGAGCAUCAGGUGUGGUUCACUCGUGUGCCCAACAGCGAGCCCGUGGUGAAGACCCCCACGUACGAGCGCGGCUCCUACUACUUCUUUGACCCCACCGUCUGGGAGACAGGGCGCAAGGAUAACUUUGUGCUACAGUACGAGAUGCUAGAGGCCCGCCCCCAGCUGCCCAUUCCCCCCCAGCGGUAG